AUCAGUGACGCAACCGUUCUUCUGUCCCUCGUGCUUCGUUUUCCAAGUAAAGCCAUUUUGUGACCCUUACCGGCUAUUUAACGGGUUCACGUAUAACUUGAUAAGUAAGAUGAAUAGUAUCAUAAGAAAUACGUUGCGGUCGUCGGCGAUUAGGAAUCUUCUUUCGUCAGUCUCAAAUACAGGAAUCGUGAAUAAUCAAUUAAGAACAUUGUGGAGAGUUUCCUCGCGGCAAACCGAAGUCACAGCUUUUGCUUCGACAAAAACGUUGAAACACCAACAUGUUCUCUGCAAUUGCAGUUGUUGCAGAAGGGCACACACGAAAGCUGAGAAAGAACUUGUAGAGUUUCUAGCAGAAGAAAUAGUAGCAGAGAAGAAGGCAGAGAAGUUGAAAACUAUUCCCACAGCAUUGGAUGGCUUCAAAGUAUCUCUCAAUGGUGCACAAGUUAAUUUACAGAAGGAGCAGGACAAUGAGAUAAUUAAAAUUUCAUUCAAUAUAAAUCAUACAGUAGAUUCUGAGUCUGAACCAGAAUUAGAUAUGACCAGUGAUAGUCCUGAUAUUGGUGAAAUGAAAAGUAAACCAACAUUCACAAUAGAUAUAGUGAAGGGAAACCAGACUCUUGGUUUUAGCUGUUCAUUUAACAAUGAACCUGGAGCAUCUGGUGCUAAUGAUAAUUACAAUGAUAUCUUUGGCAUUGAUGAAAUCACUUUAUACGAAGGUGACCAGACUGAGAAUGUAUAUGCAGUUGCUGGUGAAAUUAUUGAUGGUUAUCUGUAUGAUUUAUUGAUGAACUACCUGGAGGAGAAGGGUAUUUCAAAUGAGUUUGCAGAAAAAUUAAUUGACCUCAGUACAAACUACGAACACACAGCGUAUGUGAGUUUACUUGAAGGUCUUUCAAAAUUCACUUCUGGAAAAUAACUUUUCAGUCAUGAAUAUUCCCAUUGUAUUUAUAAUUUCUUAGUGAUAUAUUUGUUUAAGAGCAUCUUUGUAAUAAAUGUAAAUGAUAAUUUCAUGUACUUGUUCAACUUUACUAAAUAUUCCAGAGUAACUAGAAAUAAAGUU